AUGAUACGAUAUUUGGUCACUUUUGCUGGGUUUUUGGUUUCUGUCACGGGGUAUGGUGAAGAUCCUCGGGUGGGCCGCUCUCGAGGGGCCCCACUGCCCGGGACCCUGAGCUCAGUCGGCGGCGGUGGUGAGGAGUCGCCCCCGAUCUACCGGCCCGGCAGUCAAGCAUACGUAGUCUCCCAAUUCGUGAAACCAAAACCGCCGCACCAAUACUGGGAAGAAGAAACGUCUCUGACCAUCAUCCCUGAGAACAAGAAUUGUCUUCUAUGCGAGGCACAGGACACUGGCGCUUGUAGGGCGAUGCCUUCCUGUGUGUUUUGUGAACCUACUGUCACUGCGCUUUGCGAGAGGAGCACGCCUUGUUUGAGGUGCACUGUAAUUAAGAACCCAUUCUUCAAAUGCAGCCCAGGAGAGAAGUAUAUGGACGAAUGCGACUCCUGCAGAUGUACUGACGGACAUAAUGGCUGGUGCACUAACCAGUACUGUGAAUUCCGUUCCCUGUACCUGUACGCUAUGAAACUCAGCGACGGUGAAUUCUACUGAUAGUUGCUACAGUUACUGGUGAUCGCUAAAUCUACUGGUGACUACUAAAUCUACUGAUGUUACUACUACAAUACUGGAACUUUCAAAACUCCUGGCACGAAUGAUGUGAUAAUUAAAAUAAUGACUAAAAUUAGCAAUUUUUUCUGACAAUCACUUAAACUACUGAUGACCGCUAAAUCUAUAAGGAUAACACACUUCUCUUCAGAUAUUAUUUAUGUUAAUAAAUGUGACUUAGACUAA